AUGACCUUCGCCGAGAUUGCCCCUCUCGUAGAGCACGUCCUCGAUGGGUUUCAUGCCACCGUAUUCGCCUAUGGACAAACAGGUAGUGGCAAGACCCACACCAUGGAUGGCUUGCGCUACGCAUCGAACUCGCAGCAGCGCAAGGCGAUCGUACCGGAUGUGGACGGGACAGAAGUGCAGCAGCAUGGUAUUAUGCCGCGCGUCAUACAGCUGCUCUUUGACCGUGCACGGGAGCGGCAGUGCGCGGCCGUCUUCGAGAGCACUGACGCGCAGCAUGAUGCAGAGACGCUGGACGACGGGGUGGAGUACACGUUCCGCUGCAGCUUCUACCAGAUCUACAAUGAGAAGAUCACCGAUCUACUUCGCGGCACCAGUGUCCCGGGGGAUGUCGGCGAGGUAGCGGCGUCGUCUUUGUCCUCGUCGUUGGCGCUGACGAAGCUUAAGAUGGGUGCGCGCAGCAAAAGAGGCGUCGGUGAGGGAGACCUGCGUGUGCGCUGGCACAAGGGCGACGUCUUCAAGGUGGAAAACUUGUUUAUCUGCACCUGCGACUCCCCAGCUGAGAUGCGUGAGAUGCUGUUCAGUGGCAUUCAGCAAAAAGUGGUGAGCACCCAUCUCCUGAAUCACCACUCUUCCCGCUCUCAUUGUGUCUUUACCAUCUACGUGGAAAGCCGCGCGCGCCAGAAAGGCGAUCUGCUUAGCCGAUCGGAGCUGUCACUUGUGGACCUGGCCGGCUCCGAAAAGAUAGGUCUUCUCUCCCACAACCCAAGCGCCAGGCUUGUCAAGGAGUCGAUCGACAUCAACACAUCGCUGCUGGCUCUAGGAAAGGUGAUCACAGCGCUCAGUAGUGGCCCUGCCCCGGCAGCUGCGGAGCUUAAAAGGAAGAACCUCGGUCUGGCACCUCGGGCUCGCGGCGGUGCAGAGCAGCAGGCGGCCACCCGGCACAUUCCCUAUCGUGAUAGCAAGCUGACGAUGCUCCUCAAGCACGCUCUCGGUGGCAAUUCCCUCACCACCAUGAUUGCCUGCAUCAGUCCUUCGGACCGCUACGUGGACGAGACAACUUCCACGCUCCUCUACGCAGGUCGCGCGAAGAAUAUACGCAAUGCGCCGCACGUAAACGAGGAUGCGACGACGGUGCUGAUCCGGCAGCUCCGAGAGGAGAUCUCUCAACUUAAAGCGGAGCUCGGGUAUUACCGAGAGAUGGCGGCGAACUCACUGGUAGAGCGAGAGGGGCGCGUGAACGCGUGCGAGUGCUGUUGCGGCGGUGUCUACAAGGAUCCCUUACGGUCUGUCGACCCAUCGAGUCUCCCUGCCCGCGGCACGACGGAAGACAUUGUCACGGUACAUGAGGUGGACCAACUCGCUGACUCGCUUGUGGCCGCGUGCGGGAUGCUAACCAACUUGAUGCAGGUGAAUGCACAGCUGCGCGAGCUCUAUGACGCGGUGCGAGACAGACAGGAUGCCGCGGAACGCCGCGAGACAGAGCUGAACGCCGAAAACCUGGCGCUUCGUGAGCGUCUUGCCGUGUUGGAAGAUAUUGUGCUGCAAAAUGAAGACCUGGGCGAGGUCAAGGAGAACAGCAUGAUCGGCAGCGAUGAUGCCAGCGACGCCGACGAGAAACUUAACAGCAGCGAGCCGCUGGCGCGAGCGAGCAAGUCGGACAAGAGAAGAGGAUGCUCGCGUGCGCAAGAAGAGACACUCGCGGUGGCGAAGGAGUCCUCCGCUGCACCGGCACUCGGGCGGCUUGCAGAUGACAGUGCGCGCGGCGGCAAGUUGGCCGACAAUAGUGCUGCAGGAACCUCCUCUUCCCAGAGGUUGACUUCCUCAUCGACAGCCGUUGGGCAACCUGCCUCUGCAACGAAGGAGGAUUGCAAAUCCAACAGGCCCGCCUUGGUGUCACCUGACAGCGAGGCGGUGGCGUCGCCGGUACGCAAGAUCGCACCUGGCUCGUCCACCAUGGUUGAGCAGCUCGCCAUCGCGCUGCGCGGCGUGCCAAAUGGCAGUUCUCCUUUCGACGCUGCCACGCUGGAGAACCCAGCCGACCGUGAGUCCUCCAGGAAGUGUGCAACGGAUGAUGAGGACCGAAGACGACUUCAUGGUCGGACAAAGAAGAAGCGCAAUGGGCUGGCGAACCGGCUCAAGGAUUACGAGGCGCUGUACCGGACACCUCACACCAUUGAAACAUACGCUGACUACUACAAGCAGCCGGCACGCAGCCAAAGUCUGGCGGUGGUUGUUCCUGGAGUUCCAGCGAUCCGGGCCUCUGAGGCUGUUGCGCCGCACGUGACAGUCACGCUGCAGGACAUGAAGAUGACAGUGUCAAAGCUGCCCAAGGCGGUUGUGCAAGAAUACGUGCCUUCCUCCCUUUUGCGGCCGGGUCUGUUCGGGUGCUUGGCCUUCGGCGGUGGCGAUUCCGAGAAGGUAUUGUUCGAGCAGAACCGUAGCUCCCGCGAAGCACGUCUGCGUGCGUUGCAGCAGCGUCAGCAGGAGUUGUACCGGCAGGUUCACCUGGCGGUUCACGGGCUUCGAUCCGAGGAUCCAGCCAGUGCCGUCUCUCCACCCCCGUCAGGGUCAGCCACUUCGUCAGCGGCUAGUGCGCCGCAGCGACCAAACUCCACGAGCGAUAUCCCAGGUAUUUCGGGCAAGCAAGAGGAGAUGAGCAGCAGCAGAAGCGGCUUUGCACAUCUCUCUUGUGGGCCAGCCCUAGCCUACGCUCCCCAGGCUGUCAAUCGCACGGGCACCGGCCCGUACCCUGAGCUUAGUAUUCGGCAGCGACCAUGCGCGCCCUCCGACAGCAUGAAACGGCUUAUGAGGUACAUGGAAUGCGACAGGUGA